GUUACGCCACGGUCAGUUUUGCCAACAUGGCGGCGACGUGCUGAGGGUUAGAGGUACAGAGUCAGAGCGAGAGAGAAAGAGGAGGGAUGGUGGUGGAGGGUGGACGUUGCGGCCUCUGAGAGGAGAGACGGGCACCGGAAGAGUUUCCAGGGACAGGGAGCAGGAGAAGCUGGGAUCGGGGCCUCAGCUCAAGACCCGGAGCAAUGGAGAGGCCGAGGGUGCAGCAACUGCUGGAGUUCAGAAGGUUACCUACAGAUGGCUUCAUUCUUGCCCUUCUUGUGCUCUAUGCUCCUUUCGGGAUCUGUUUAAUGCUUCUCAGGAUAUUUAUUGGCCUUCAUGUUUUUUUAGUCAGCAGUGCUCUUCCAGAUGGCCUUUUGCGAAGGGUUAUCGUGCGGGCAAUGUGCACAAUUCUGGGUGUAAUUGUUUUACAACGUGGUUCAAGGCAUCGAGAUAAAAAUAUCAAAAUCUACAUCUCCAACCACAUCACCCAGUUUGACCACAACAUAUUGAAUUUCCUUACACCCUGUCACACGCCCUUGCUAGAGGGACAUUCCGGCUUUGUGAGCUGGGCCCGUGGAUACCUGGAGCUGGGGUGGUUGGACAACCGGACACGCUUGGCUGAGGCACUCAAACAUUACAGCUGUCUGGAUGGAGCACGUGGUUUGCUGCUUUUUCCAGAAGACGAAACCACCAAUGGAAAAGUUGGGCUUCUGAAAUUCAGCUCCUGGCCUUUUACUAUAGAUAGCAUUGUUCAACCCCUGGUGUUAACUGUAAAGAGACCCUUCGUAUCUGUGAAUGUCGUCGAGUCCUCUUGGGUUACCGAGCUGCUGUGGAUGUUUUUUAUUCCCUUCACCGUAUACCAAGUAAGGUGGCUGCCCAGCAUGUCGCAAAUGGAUGAAGAAUCAGAGGAAGAUUUUACCGUCAGAGUCCAGGAGCAUUUAGCUACAGAGCUCGGUGUUUUGUCGACUCAGCAUACCAAGUCUGAUAAAGUGGAAUACCUCAAAAGAAUGAAGCACAUGGCACCACAAGCAACCGUUUCAGCAGCCAACAGUCAGCCGUCUGGAACACGAGCUCGGACCUUCCUCCCAGGGCUCAGCAUUAGCAGUUUGUCUGCAGAGGAUGUUCGGAUCACAGGAAUGGCCAAGCAAGUCAAAGAGGUGCUGCCUCACAUCCCACUCGGUGUCAUUAAGAUGGAUUUAGUUAAUACGAAGUGUGUUGACACGACCAUCACAAAUCUGCUGGAGGGAAGAGUACAGUUUACGCCAGAAGAAGUGUCAGUCAGUCCUUCCAGCAUAUCAUUGUCAAAUAAGCCUCACCUGGCACCUUGUAAAUUAGUCACCCCUCUGAAGAAGACACCAAAGGACGCACCUACUACCAAGCCUGUUGCUAAAAUGAGGUUUGAGAAAUCGCCAGUUGACAGACACCAGUCCCUACAAGAAAGGAAAGAAGCCCUAUAUGCCUACGCACGGAGACGGUACAUAGAGAAGCACGGAUUACAGCUAGAGACCGAAGAGAGCCAGGCUGAAGAGCCUUGAGUACAGCUGUGGGAACCCAACACUCAAGACGUCACCUAUCGUUUCCGUUCGUAGCUCGUGUAAAUGGCACCUGAACAAUAUUUUUUUCUUUCUACUUUUUUGGUUUAUUUUGUUUGAAAAUUUUUCUCCAGUAAUAUGGGUCUGAUUUUUAAGAUGUUUUAUGGUAAACUUUACAAAUAAAAUAAUUGAGGGGAGGGAGGAUGGAGAGUGCAGAGUGGUCUGCAUGGCAAUCAUGCAUGUUCAUCUGUUGGAUAUUUCUAAUAUUCUGAAAAGAGAUUGUGUCCCUUUUUUGGAGUCUUUAUAAAGAUCUUACAACUGA